AUGGUAAAUGCCCAAGAAUGGUUAGAAAGUCAAGAAAAAUAUAAUACUAAAGAAAAAAGAGCAAAAGUAAGAAAAUUAUAUAUUAGUUGGGAAAGUUUGGAGGUUUAUCCUUCAAAUGCUGAUAAAUUAACUUAUUUAGAUAUAACUGAUAAUAAUCUUCCCGAACAAGACUUAGCAGUUUUUAAUUUUGGUUUAUCAAUUAAUGAUUGUGGUUUUGCUUGUUAUCUGACUAAACAAGGCUAUAGUCCCCAGUCAGAUUUAAAUUUAGGGGAAUUGAAAAAAGAAUACUAUUAUCCGAAAAAAGCAAGCAGUAAAUAUGUUAGAUUAGAUACUUCCGAUACUGAUUUAAAUAGUAACUUAGAGCACUUACCCGAUAGUAUUGAGAAAUUUUAUUGCUCUUCUUGUGAAAAAAUAGUCGAGCAAUUGGAAAAAGUCAAAAAUGCUAAUAAAUACGAAGAAGAAAAGGAGUCUCGCGAAGAAAACCUGAAAGAAAUUGAAAAUUUAAAAUCUUAUAAUAAAGAGUUAGAAAAGUCUUUCGAACAAAUUAAACAAAAAAAGGAGGAAGUUGACAACCAACUUGGCUCAAUAUCAGAACAAAAUGAAAAGUUACAAAAACAACUAAAAAAUACUCAACAAGAAUUAGAAACUAUCAAAAUAACCAAAAAACAACUCGAAGAGCAAAAUACUCAACUAAAUCAAAGCCUUACCCAAAACCAAAAUGAGUUAAAGGUUACCAAAGAAAAUUAUCAACAACAAAUUAUUAGAUUAGAAGAGGACAAAAACCAUCUACAACAACAAAAUAUCCAACUUCAAAAUGAACUAAUUAUUUUAGAAAGUAAAUUACAAAGUUCACAAUCUCAGCAAACCUCUUUACUAGAAUUAGAACAGCAAAAGAAUAACUUAGAAACCCAGUUAGAAAAAUCCCAAGCAGAAGUUUUAACUUUACAAAAAAGACAAGAAGUUGCUCAACUUGAAGUUGCCAAGCAAAAAUUAGAACGCCAAUUAGCCUAUCUUCAAGAAGACUUAAAUAAUGAAAAGCAAGAGUUAGUUAACACUAAACAACAGUUAGAAGAAGCCAAAAAAAAUACUAAAUAUAGCACUGCUAAAUUACGCAAGAAAGAAAAAGAACAAGAAAAUAAAAUAGAAGAUUUAAAAAAGCAACUAAUUAAUAAAGAAAAACAAAUAAUUAUCAUUGAUAACGAUAUAAAUGCGGUUCAGGUUGAACCUAUCUUAGGACAGAGGAUUGGAAAAGGUGGUUAUGGUGAAGUUUACCGGGAGAUUACCAAUGAAAUUAAUAUUUUGAAAAACCUAAGAAACCGAUACAUUAUUCAGUAUUAUGGAACUUAUUCUGAUGAACAAAAACUUCUUAUUAUUAUGGACUAUGCUGAAAAUGGAACCUUGACUAGAUUAACUUAUAUUCACCAAGAGAAUAUUAUCCACCGAGAUUUAAAAAGCAUGAAUAUAUUAUUAACUCAUAAUAAUGAAGUUAAAAUCUCAGAUUUUGGUUUAUCAAGAACUAAAAAUAUUAGUUCUUUGCGGUCAAAGGAUGAGAGAGAAAUUGCCGCUAAAUGCACAGUGCCUUUUAAAGAUGCUGACAAUAUAAUCGAUAAUCCUAGUGAAAGAAUAAGUUUAGAAGACAUGCUUAAAAUAAUUGAAGUAAACAAUAUUAGUUUAUCAGCAGAGAGUUCUGGUUAUGUUCAAAUUAAACAAGGUAAUGAUAGUAAGGAAAAAACUAAUGAAUAUUUUAUAGCAAACUCUACUUCUCAUGAAAUUGACAUUAUGGGAAAUACUAAUAUUGAAGACACCCCAGCCGAGCAAAAUCAAGAAGCAACAACUUCUCAAAUCGAAAUUCCUCCAAAAGGUAAUCACUAA